UGUCGCCGGAUGAAGUUGCGAUGCGUCAAUGCGGAUGAUCCUCCUUGCAAAAGAUGCGCUCAUUUCGGGGAAGACUGUAUCGUUGGUCAACCGACACAGAGGAGGUUAAAUGCCCGAGCGAAAAAGAAGGACGACACGCACGACCCAUCACGGGCUCGAGAAGAAGAACGUCGGAUCGAACAGCUUGAGAACAAGGUCAACUCCAUGCAGUCCACCUUGCAAGACAUCCUUGCGGUAUUGCAGAGCGGUGUACCAGCGACCUCCUCCCAGGCUCCGCCAAACUUAGAACGACCUUUUCUGCCGGAUGCCGCUGUGGUUCCGGACAUUAUUGGAUCAUACGGCGAGAGAAAUCACCAUCCAAUCAGGAGUCAGUCAUCAAUAUCCGCUCAAGUCUCGCUACCUCCAGACGAGACCAUUUGGCAAGCGGAAGAGGUGAUUUCUCAGCCGUCGAGCCGAACCCACUCGUUUUUGCAAGCGAUGCCACGUCCUGCUCAAGGAGGAGCGAUGUUUCCAUUCGACAAUCCAGCCUGGUUCGUUCAGCCAAUCGCAUCAGGCUCAACCGUAUCCCUGGAUCCUACUUCACAUUCACAGGCCAUCAUCGACAAUCCGGGGCUGUCAGCUCAUGUGAACGAUACCCAUUCGAUCAAGCGUGCAAUGUCCUCUGAUGAGAGGGCAAAUUCCCAGUCGCCUUCCGAUGAAGACGACGAAGAUCCGUUGGCUCCCGGCCGUAUUGCGGCUCCUCUCGGUACGAUGGCGGAUUUGGCAGAAGUAGCCGUUGAAAGGGCAAACUACGAAAGUCGUGCACGCGAAAACCUGGGGUUGGCGACCGCUCCUGAACACUUGUCAGCAAGGCAUCUGAAGGAAUCGCGGUUGACAAGCCCAUUGCCGUCUCGAGAUCGAGCUGCUGUUGCAUCUUCCGGCUUGACGACCGAUGAGGUUGACGUGGUCGAUGCAGGCCUCGUGGAAGAAACAGACGCUCGGGAAUUACACCACCUCUUCUUUCAAGGCUGCAAUAUCUUCAUCCCGAUCUUCGAUUCUCAUUCAGAUACCUGGGAGAGCCUCAAACGUCGAUCCCCUUUGCUGCUCACGACGAUCGUGGGUAUCGGAGCUCGAGUGAGAGAUGGCGGCGGUCCUGUGAGCGCUACGCAGCACGACGCUCUGACGCAUGCACGCAGACUCGCCUCGAACACGCUUUUCGAUUCGACUCCGAAAGCGGAGACUGUCCAGGCCAUGAUCUUGCUUGCGACCUACAACGACAACGGCAGGAUUCCGGCCAGCCACGCGAACGCCCUCGCUAUGGCGAUCGGCUUGGACAGCCACCUGAUGCAAUUGCUACGAACGGGCAUGGGUGCCGGACUUUCUCGCGACGAACUGGAAUCCGAGCGGCACCUGGUCGUGGGCAGCAGGAUCAUUCUAUAUCUGUUUCAGCUCGAACACCAGCUCGCGUUCGGCACAGGGCGCCCGGCGCUGUUUCGCAAGGAUCUCGGUAUCGAUCGUUGCCGGGAGCUCCUCUCGCAUCCCCUCUCGUUACCUUCGGACGCGAGGCUCGUGUCUACUGUGGAGAUGAUGUCCCUAAGAGCGCCGCUCCACGUUCUCUUGACCAACUCUCCCGACCAAGCUUUGGAUCAGGAAACCAUCUCCCAGCUUCGAGAAGCGAAUGCUGGCUUUGAGAGGUGGUUGAGGCAUUGGGACGCCGUCUUUACGGAAACAUUUCCACAAGAACAGCAGUCAGACUUUUACCGGGAAUCGCUCGUUGCGCAGAGGGAGUAUGCCAGUCUGUUCACCAACUCACAGCUGCUGCGGGAGAUAAGGAGCGCAAGCGAUGUCAAGCGAAUGCCGAACGAUAAACGAGAACUAGCUUUACGCGCUAUGGAGAACGCACAGAACUGCAUACGAAUCGCUCUAAGGGGCAAGAGCUACGGCCGUGCUUUCAAAUUCGCUGUGCACUACACCCACGUAUGCGUCGCGUUCGCAGCGUCGUUCUUGAUUCGGAUCGCCAGAUUGUUCCCAAGCCAGCUCGAUCUUCGACAGACUGCCAAAGACGUCGAAGAGCUGGCGGUUCUUUUGUCGCAAGUACCUGCUGGCCGGUACGCUCGUUCGAUCCGUCUCAUUCUGAGGAGAGCUCGACGACGCAACGAGAUACCGCUCCCAUCGCGAGCUACGUCUCCCUCACGAACGAAUCUCGUGCCGACUGAUCGACAUGGGCCAUGUAUCCCCGCACAUGCCGAAUACGACCAGACGCCGAUCGACAACUCGUCUGAUCAUCGUAAUAUGAGGGUUUCCGCCGACGAAGCUGGAUUUUUCGACCCCUCCUUAGACCAAGGUUCUUCUUACCAAUACGACUUUGAUUACGCGCAGCGGCUCUGGGAGCAAGCUGGACUCUCCGACAGCAAUGACUUGCUACCUCUGUGA